AUGGGUGUUUGUUUCGCCGUUCUGUUAAGCAUUCCAUGUAGUUUUAUCGUUAUACUUUUGAUAUGUCAAAAAAAAUAUUUUUUUGACGAUGACUCAUCAGACGCGAAUAGUGAUAGUCAUUCACAAAGUCCUAGUUCGCGAUCAAGUCGAGCAAAUGAACGCUUUAUUAUCAAUGGUCGGUAUCGCACACCGCCUCCGUCUUACUUGCCAAACUAUGAAAAUGAUCCACCCAUUGGAUCUCCUCCUCCGGCCUACUUACAAAGUACUUCCCUUUGGGAAGAAAGUUUGGGAAGCAUGCCAUUUACACUCACGGUUGCUCAAACUCGUUCAUCAACAGGAGUAAUAGUACAACAAAUUCAAGCUGAGAGUAUUCAACAAGUUCAACAAAUAAUCACACAGUUAGAACAACAAAAUAGUACUAAGUUAGAAGAACUAAGUACUAUAACUUUGAAUAACUCAGUCUCGUCUUACCAAACAACACAUGAAGGUGAAUUUAAAACAAGCGAAGGAAAUAAUAAAAAUUUAUAUCAGAUUUUACCUAUUCCACACAAUUUUCAACAUAAUGUAUCAAUACUAAGUAGCACUAACUUUUCAGACAUAUCAAUGGAAACAUUUCAAGUAUAA